AUUCUUCCCCGCGCUCGGAGCCAAGCCAAGCCGUUAGUUUAGGAAAGGAAGGAAACUCCACUCUCUCUCACCGGACCGGAUAUGCUUCCUCCUCUCUCUCUCCCCCGCCCCCUUAAAUAAAUGGCAGAGCAAGCGGAACGAACGAGAAAGCAAAAGAUUUUCGAUGAGCGAGGGGUUGAGGAGAGAUUACCGUCUUCUGCAGCCGAUCGGCCAAGGACGGUUCGGCAAGGUGUUCCGCUGCUUCCAUCCGGAAUCCGGCCAGUUUUUCGCCUGCAAGACCAUCCACAAGAGUGCCAUAACCGAUCCUGUUGAUCGGGAGUGCCUCGAGAAGGAGGUCAAGCUCCACAGGCUCGUCGGCGGACACCCCAAUGUCGUCCACCUCCAUGCCGUCCACGAGGACGAUGAGUCGCUCCACCUGGUGAUGGAGCUUUGUCGGUCGCCGGACCUCUUUGAUCGCGUCUCCAAGCGCGUUCUCACCGAGACGGAGGCCGCGGCCGUGAUGAUGCAGCUCAUGGAGGCCAUCGCCCAUUGCCACCGCCUGGGCGUCGCGCACCGCGAUAUCAAGCCGGACAACGUCCUGUUCGACGACCGGAACCGGCUCAAGCUUGCCGAUUUCGGGUCGGCGGACUGCUUCCACGACGGGAAGGGGCUCCGGGAAAUCGUCGGGACGCCGUACUACGUGGCUCCCGAGGUGCUUAGGUUGAAGGAAUACAGCGAGAAGGUGGACGUCUGGAGCGCCGGGGUCAUCCUCUACGUCCUCCUGGGCGGGGUUCCCCCUUUCUAUGGCGACUCGCCGGUCGAGAUCUUCGAAUCCGUCCUUCGGGCGAACCUCAGGUUCCCCUCCAGGACCUUCCGCUCCGUCUCCCCUGCGGCCAAGGACCUGAUUCGCAAGAUGCUCUGCAAAGACGUUUCCAAACGAUUCUCCGCCGAGCAAGUUCUGAGCCAUCCGUGGAUCACUAGCGGAGGGGAGCAGAACUCGGGGGCAGAUCUUUCUUAAAAAGAGUCGCACCACUCAGAAAGAAGCUUUAUUCAAGAUGGUGUAGACGGCCGCCUCCUUCCAUUUUUGUAUAUAAGUUUGCCCCUGUAAAUUAGGCCUUCUAUAGUGCGAGGGUUAGCUGUGGAUACAGUAUUGGGCAUGCCAGGCGAUGAAUGCAGUCGAUAGGAGAGAGACGUUCUCUUCUGUGAUUCUUUUCUUUACAGUGCGGGAGCUUGUGUUGUUCUGGAGGACCCAGAGAGGAUUUCUUUUCAUUUUCUUUUUCCCUUCUUGACUUGAGAGAUGAGUUUGUGUAAAAACUGAAAAAGAGAGCGAACUCAUAUGUACAACACGGAAUAAAGAUGCGUUGCCGAAUAUGUUUGGUCGAUC